AUGCAACUCCCACGCAGAUCCGUCAGGAGCAUCCAGGAGCUCCCUAGCAUCUAUACGGCGUUUCCAGCUCACUAUACACCUGUCAGAACUCACAGCGCCUCGACAACCUCGGACUCAGCAAGGUCGCCGGAUAUCGAUGAUGGACUUGAGGUAGUUCCUUUGGAGCACGACAGCAUACUUUCAGCGCCCAUUGUCAGUGCGUAUCUAGACGAGAAGGAGGUGUUCAUCAGCACACAAGAAAUACUCGAGAAGCCGUUACCGAGCAUCCCGACAUCGAUAUGGGACCGUACGUGGGGCCGCAUGUCUGUGAAGUACCGCGUGCUUGCAGUCCUCGGAUUACAAGCCUUGGUGUUGCUCACGGUUGGUACUGUAUUGUUAGCUGCAAACUCCAAACCUACAGAGGAGUACGAUGCCCCCUCAUGCUACAGAAGAAUCCGGAAAGCGGGAGGCAACGACACGAACACAAGCUCUACCACUCCCAUUGAGCGCGGUACCUUCCAGGUCCCUAUCCAACUUCCUCAACAGCAGAGCUCAACAUGCUUGGCACGAGCGAACGAGUCCCGAGCAUGGCAAUGCGCGUUCGACACCACUCUACAGCUCAGCAUCCUGCCUUCCCUGGGAGACGACGCAGACAAGCCUGUCAUGAUCACCCUUGGGCUGCCGUCGACCUCCAACAGGAGUGUUCACUGCGGGCAGCAAGCUCCAGAGAUCGGACCCACGGCAUUGACGACUUUUAACGGCUCAGAAGAUGGGCCACAGUAUCACUUCUCAGCGACGUACGAUCGUACUGUGAUCCUUCGAGAAGACCAGCUUAGGCAGGAGAAGACGUACUCGUCGCCCAUGCAGGGCCAGCCUAAGCACACGACGUUUCUGCCAGGACAGUCGCUCUGGCGAUGCACAUUCAACGACACGCUUCUGGAGGGCUUCAUCUACACGAAGAGGGAUGGCGGUUCGGUGUUCAACGGGACGGAUGCACCGUCUGGGCACCUUCCUCAUAAAUUGAAACUCGUCGAGCACAGACUGGCUACUGGGAGUGCGCCAUACUGUGAGAAGGUCGUUGUCGGACUCAACGGGGACCUGGAAAACGGCGACGAGAGCGUGGAUCUGAAGUUGUCUGAUGCUCAAUCCGGGUCUGGCACAAGUCAAGGCGACUCGGACACUUCCUGUCAAUGUCAAUGGAUCGUUGAGUAG